CUUCUCAUCGACACUUACAUCAAGGAUCCACCCAGCGCGAACAUCUUUUUGACACCAAUACUGGCAGCUUUCCGUCUUCUUUUCUCGCUCUCGUCCACCAGCCGAGGCUUUGCUGCCAAUAUUUGCUGGCGGCUUCGGUGCGUUUUUUUUGCCCUUGGACUCUACUUGAUUGGGGCUUAUAGAACCCUUCAUUAG